AAGCCGGGCGGCUGGGCGGCGGCGCGCGCAGUGACGUGGUCGGUGGGGCCGACGCCGAGGGGGGGUGGGGUGGGCUGAACCCGGAAGUGGGUCGGCGCUGGAACGAGAGCGCCGGGAGUGGAGCGCGGCGGCCGGCAGCCAGCGGGGCAGCCCCGGGUUCCCGCCACUUCAUGAAGUUUCUCGCCCCGAAACCGUCGCCCUGCAAUGAAGAAGAGGAGAAAGGCGACUCUCAGCCUUGACGACAAGAUCCGCCUGGGCUGUCACCGCGAUCCCCCCGAGGGGCAUGUCGCUGCCACCGGGGCGCGGGACCCGCUAACCUACGCCCCCCGCGCCGCCCCGAGACCAGCCGCCCCGGAGGCUCUCCGCUGCUACCGGGACCUGCCCCCGUCCCCGCCGCCACCGCCGCCGCCUCCCCCUCCCGCCGCCGCCCCCGAUCAGAGGGAGCUCCUGAGCUCCUGGCAGUACCGCCGGAACCUGCUCGCCUACCUGAACGCCGACCGGCAGAAGCAGCCGUCCUUCUGCGACCUGCUCAUCAUCGUGGAAGGGAAGGAGUUCAGCGCCCACAAGGUGGUGGUGGCCGUGGGCAGCAGCUACUUCCACGCGUGCCUGAGCAAGAACCCCAGCACGGACGUGGUCAUCCUGGACCACGUGCCGCACUCGGUCUUCCGGCACCUGCUGGAGUUCCUCUACACGGCCGAGUUCUUCGUGUCCCAGUACGAGAUCCCCCUGGUCCUCGAGGCCGCCAAGUUCCUGGACAUCAUCGAUGCGGUCAAGCUGCUCAACAGCGAAGGUGUCCACCACCCCCCGUUCCAGCCCCAGCGCCUCGAGCAGCCGCCCCCGGAGGAGUCGCUGAGCGGGUUGACCGGGGGGCGGCUGGCGGACGACCAUCGCUGCACCUUCUGCAGCAGACACUUUUGUUACAAGAAGUCCUUGGAGAACCAUCUGGCCAAGACGCACAGGUCCCUCUUCUUAGGGAAAAAACAUGGGCUGAACAUGCUGGACAGAGGGUUUUCCGCCAGGAGGUCCAAGAGGAACCGGAGGUGCCCCGUGAAGUUUGAAGACACCGCCGCCGCCGCCGGCGAUGACAAACGAGAAGGUGGCGACGGGUCAGACGGCUUGAACCGAGACCGUUUCGAGAAGGGGAAGCCCAAUAGGAACGAUUCCGAGGAUCCGGGGAGCGAAGGUAACGCCGAGGAAGAUGAGCUAGAGGAGGAGGUGUCCGAUGAGUUCUCGGACACCGAAGAGCCAAGUGACAAGGAGCCGAAUGGUGCGGAGGAGGAGGAGGAGGAGGAGGAGGAGGAAGAGGAGGAGGAGGAAGAGGAGGAGGAGGAGGAGGAAGAACCCGAGACCGGCGAUUCUGCAGGAAGUAUUCACGACGGAUUAUCUCCCGUGAUCAUUCAGAUAAAUAACAAAAAAACCCUGCAGUGCCCCAUAUGCGAUAAAACCUUCGACCGGAUAGGGAAAUACGAGAGCCACACACGUGUGCACACAGGUGAGAAGCCCUUUGAGUGUGAUAUUUGUCACCAGCGCUAUUCGACAAAGUAUAACCUGACUGUUCACAGGAAGAAGCACAGCAGCGACACCGACUUUCAUAAGAAGGAGCACAAGUGUCCUUACUGUCAUAAGCUCCACGCCAGCAGGAAGACGCUCGCCAAGCACGUGAAGAGAUUUCAUCCUGAAAAUGCACAAGAGUUUAUUUCCAUUAGGAAGACCAAGAGUGAAAGUUGGAAAUGUGAGAUUUGCAAGAAAUAUUUCACUCGGAGGCCUCACUUGGAGGAACACAUGAUCCUGCACUCCCAGGACAAGCCCUUCAAGUGCACCUACUGCGAAGAGCAUUUCAAGUCACGGUUUGCCCGGUUAAAGCAUCAGGAAAAGUUCCAUCUGGGUCCCUUUCCGUGCGACAUCUGCGGCCGCCAGUUCAAUGACACGGGGAACCUGAAACGCCACAUAGAGUGCACGCACGGCGGGAAGAGAAAGUGGACCUGCUUCAUCUGCGGGAAGUCCGUGCGAGAGAGAACCACGCUGAAGGAGCACAUGAGGAUCCACAGCGGGGAGAAGCCUCAUCUCUGCAGCAUCUGUGGGCAGCGCUUCCGCCACGGCAGCUCCUACAGACUUCACUUGCGAGUCCAUCACGAUGACAAGAGGUACGAGUGCGACGAGUGUGGGAAAACAUUUAUUCGCCACGACCACCUGACGAAGCACAAAAAGAUACAUUCAGGUGAAAAGGCUCAUCAGUGUGAAGAAUGCGGAAAAUGUUUUGGCCGCAGGGAUCAUCUCACUGUUCAUUACAAGAGCGUGCACCUCGGAGAGAAGGUGUGGCAGAAAUACAAAGCCACCUUUCAUCAAUGCGAUGUCUGUAAGAAAUUUUUUAAAGGCAAAUCAAGUCUCGAAAUGCAUUUUCGGACGCAUUCAGGUGAAAAGCCAUACAAGUGUCAGAUCUGCAAUCAGUCCUUCAGAAUUAAGAAAACCUUGACCAAGCACCUGGUCAUUCAUUCGGACGCCCGGCCUUUCUACUGCCAGUACUGUAACGCCACGUUCAAGCGGAAAGACAAGCUCAAGUACCACACGGACCACGUGCACGGAAUCAAGUCCCCCGACGACGCCCUGAGCGCUUCCGAGGAGAAGCUCGUCGCCUUGCCUGGGGAAUACUCGUCCGACGACAAGAUCUUCCCGGCAGAGACGAAACAGUACACGGACCAGCCCAAAGCGUAUCCGACGGAGGCCAAGGCGACGCUACAGGACGUGUCGGCCGAGGUGUGCGUGCCCGUGACGCUGGUUCCCGUGCAGAUGCCCGACGCCCCGAGCGACCUGGGGCAGCACCGCGCCCCCCUCCCGCCGUCUUCGCACGACAUCCUGUCGCCACAGCCACCGGCAGCCGACUACCCGCGGGCCGCUGACUUAGCUUUUCUGGAAAAGUACACCCUGACCCCCCAGCCCGCAACUAUAGUUCACCCCGUCCGACCCGAGCAGAUGCUGGAUCCCCGGGAACAGUCCUACCUCGGGACGCUGCUGGGCCUUGACAGCGCCACGGCCGUGCAGAGCAUGCCCGACGCGGAGCAUCACGCGUGAGGGCGUCCGCGCGGCCCGUGGGUUUCUUGGAUGCUCGCGUGCUGGCCGCCUGGUGAGGUGGCUUUUCAAUGGGUAGGGCUGCGAUUUUUUUUCAUCUUCAAGUACUCAGAGCCGUUGCAAAUCAAGAAAAAACACGCAUCUCUGUUUACUGAACAUGUGACUAUCUGGACACACAUUGAGGUAUUUGAAGUGAACGUUUUUAUGAUUUUAAAGGAUUAUUUAGCGCUAAUUUUAAUGGAAUCUCAAACUUUUCAAAAUUAUUAGCUGUUGACAUUAUGUUUUGAUUUUUGAAUCAUCAGUGGACAUUUUAUUCUUUAGUCUCAUUCCUCCUCUCUCCCUUCCCCCUCUUCCCAACAAGCUUAAGGACCAUGUAGGCUUUAGGAAAGAAUUUACGAGAGUUUACUGAUAAUCGCAACCCUUCCUUAUCCUAACUAAGAUUCGUUAUUUCCUCCAGGUUUCCGGAAAUUGGUAUUAGGGAUUUGUAUUUAUAAGGAAGUCUUGGGUGUGUCUGUGUUGUUUCUUAGUCUGGUUACCUGAUAAUUUUAGGUUAUCUUUCUCCUUUGGUCUUUUGGCAAAAAGCCAGAAAGCUAAUGCGUGUCAGAGUAGCGUGUUCAAUGAAAUGCAGAAUGGAAAUAACUACAGUGGGGCCUUGACUUACGGGUUUAAUUCGUUCCGUGACGGAGCUCGUAACUCAGAUUACUCGUCUGUCAAAUCAAGAAGUGAAUGAGUGAGACACGUGAUGCUGGGCUGAUGUUGUGGUGUUCACUGUGACGUUCGCUGCGCCAGCUAGCGGUGGGGUAUCUGAAGCUGGCUCGUAACCCGGAUUUUAGCUCGCAACUCAAAGCAAAAAAUCGGCCGAGAGACGGCUCGUAUCUCGAAAAACUCGUUAGUCGGGACACUCGUAAGUCAAGGCCCCACUGUAUCCAAAUGAUUGGUUUUUGCCUAUGCUUCAGUUAACAUGAAUAAGAAAUGCAAAUGCAGAUCUAGGCAUUAAAUUACACAAUUGAUAAUGUGUAGAAAGCAAAACGUGAUAGUAUCGUUCAAGGUCAGUUCACCUGUCCUAGCUGCCAUUUAUUUCCCACUAACAUAUCACAGCCUAGAUCUUCAUCUCACCGAUUAAUGAAAUGUAAUUCACAGGUGAUGUUUGGUCUCAUUGACGCUGGCUGACUGAAACUCUAGGAAACAGAACCGAGAUAUUCCACACACCGUUGUUAGAAAAGGUGCCAAAUUAUACGCUGUGUGUCUGUCUACUCUCAAUGUUGUUUACUAGUCAUUACAGGGAACCGCUGUGUGUGUACAGGUGUACAUGGAACCCAGGUUUAUGUCUGCUUUUCCCAUAAGCCUGGGGCCUAAUUUUCCUGGAUUUUUGUUGUCGUCUGAGACAGAAGGUGAGCACUUGGUGAAGGGAAGAGGCAGUUACAGGGACCCCUCACUGAGUACAGUUAACUGAGGAACAAGUCAGUGACAUACCUUCAAAGGUGUGCACUUUCCGCAUCUUCAAGUCAGCUUCAUCCUCAGCGAGGUCACUGUUUCCGAGGAGAGCUGCUGGGAGGGUCCGAUAGGCGGGGCUGAUUCCCGUGGCCUGUCGUCUGUAUGUAAACUGGUGGAAAAUAGCAAUGUUGAGAGUUUGCUAUUUCCGUUUUGUUUACACUCCUAAUGGCUUUAAGCACUUUUUUAAUGUAAACGAAUGUCUGGCCCAGUCCUUGUGAGAAAAAAAAAAUCACAAAUAAAAUAAUGAAGUUUUAAUAAAAUUUAGCCACUUCAUGGGGACAGGUGUUUGCUGAAGCACUUAAGACAGGAAGGUACUUUACAGUGUGUCGUCCUAGUGGGAAGAGGAGAAAAAGUGGUGAGAAUUGAGGCUACUUACCCCAAGUAGCUCUUGUAAAUAAGAAAACCAGCCUGAGUUUUGCCUCAGUUGUUAAGAUUUGGUUAUAGUCAUUCUAGGACCGGUAGAUGUAAUUAAUGUAUGAAUUCUCCUGUUUGGCACAUCCUUUUGUGUGGAAAGGAUGAUCUGUCUGGGUACUUACAUGGCUGAACUUGACAAUGUGAGGUACUGUUAGCCUGUUAGUGUUUGAGAUCGACUUUGAGGAAUACGUAUCCUUAGGAUUUUUAACAAACAACAACACGGCUUUGAACUAAAAAAGUUCCUCUUAGGAAAAGAAAUCGUCAUACCCAGCGGUGUGCCCGGCCUCGCGUACAAGCCGCGUGGAAGACUGGGACUUGCAAGAAGGCAGAGAGUCUAGACAUGUGUGUACAGGGUGUAUUCUGUUUGGUAGCAGGACAGAAGGGGUGUUGCAUUUUCACAUGGAAAAGAACACUUUGUUUUUUGAAGGUAUUUACUUUAGGGUUCUUUUCGUAAUCUAAUGUUUUAAAUACAUGGUUCGAUGGUAGGGAUUGGUUUACAGGAGGCAACUUUUCCGGAAUGCAUCUCUUCCGUAGAAUGAAAUACAAAUCCAUUUAGUUAUUGUAGGUCACUAUGCCUGAACAGAGGUUUAUAAAUUGCUUUCCCAAGUUAUCUUCUGCAGACUUCAGACCGAGCUCUGAGGGCGAGUUGGACGUGCCGUCUUCCCAGUUUGGAGAGAGGGAGUCUGAGGCGAAGGACGCAGUUAUGCCCCCAUCAUUGAUGAGUGGCAGGUCCCGGCUUCUAGGGAAGGACACGUGGCUCAGUCCUGCCUCCCAGGUGCCAGGCACCCGUGUUCUCGAGUGUCUUCAGCAGGCUGGGUGGGGAAGGGUGGUUCUGACGAAGAGAAAGUCUCAGCAGACGAACAAGCAAACAGUCCCAAUCUGCUGCCUCUAAUUUCCAAAUUAGAGCCUAAGAAACACUAAACUGGUGAAAACCUCGUAGAUUUGGGCAAACUGAAUGUAUAUAGUUUUUGAAGUUGGCACAAGAAAUAUGAAACGAGGCCUCCUCUUUUCACUUAACCUUUUGUACUAUUUGGGAGUUUCUGGGACAAAUGCCCCAUCAACUCUAAAAUUCGUUACUUCUGUACCUGUACUUAAAUUUUGAAUUUUGCAACUAAGCUUAGCCUCAUUCAGAAUUUUUUAUCUUAUGAGCAUAAUUUAUUGUUUUAAAUUAAUGUUUUAGCUGAUAGCAGUUAGCACUCAAUAUGUAAGUGGAAUAAUUUAUAAAGUGUAGAGAUUUGUUAACCUGCUCCGUUUUUACUUAAAUGCACCAAAGAUUUUAGUAGGUAUUGCAAUAGUUCAAAAGAAUUUAAAUUCUUCGUUGUCUGAAUAAAUAUUUGUCCAAAGAAGCACAGUUGAAGUCCUAGGCUUAUGGAUUUUAAAAAAAAAUUGUUAGUUUGAAUACUAAGAUGAAGUGUUUGUGUUUAUAUGUAUAAAAACAAGAACAGAAGAAAGAGAGUCAUACUGACAAAAGAAUCACAAGUAAGAACGCUGUUUUCCUCAGUUUAAUGCAUAGAAUGUUACCUUCAGUGAACACUAUUAAAUGCAUAACAGUAAGCUUAUUUUUUACACUACACUAUUAAAAUCAUUUGCCUUAGAUUUUUUUUGUUUUUUAAGACGAGUUGAAGUUAUUUUUGUAUGAAACACUCCACCUAUUUUUUUUGCAGUCUAAGAUGCCAUGUUAGGUUAGGGUCGGUUCUGCAUCCAGGAAGAUGUAACUAACUCCGAAGGUAGUGGUCUUGGCGUCCCUUGAAGUAAUGUCAUUUAUUGCCACGAGAAGAGUGAGCAGCCAAGAUAGGGCUUAACCUGGUGCUUUACUAAAGUGACUUCCUUUGGGGCGAUGUUUGGUCCACUGAUCACGUUCGGUCGACCUUUUAAAGUGUCAAAGCAUCUUAGCGGAGUACCUAUAAACUGCUAGCUGAGGGCUAGUAAAAUAUCAGGCAUUGUUUUCCAUUCUCCAAUUGCAAGCAAAGUAAAGACACAGCUAAACUGGUAUGUUGGGUAGUUUGCGUUUUCCUCCUUCCAGAUCAUUCGACCGUGUCCCCGGGGACAAGUCAGACUCGGGGCCCUGGCUCUCUGACCGUCUUGUCUGGAUGGAAUGCUCCGUGCCUUUUCCCUGUGUUGUCGUUGCUUCCGCCGGCCAGCGUGUGCCGGCUAAUAACGGGGUUUGAUUAUUUUUGUUGUUAUGGGUCUUAUGUGUGUGUGGCCUGCUGGUCAGGCAGCACUUUAUUAUAAUUUUUUUUUUAGGUUGCUUUAUGUUUACGUAAGGAAAUAGGCACUCACGUACUUGUGUGAAUAUUUGUUGUUUGUGUUUUUAUGUCUCUUUUGGCCUUCAUAGUCACUUCAAAGACACUCCCAGGCCUGGCUCUAUACGCUUCUUAGAGGAAUCUAACAAAUAAAAUAAAAAGAGUUGUG